UCCCGGUACAGCAGCAGCAGCGGCGGCGGGUCGCUCCAAGAAAACCCAUCAGAACUGAGAUUUACAACACAUCUCCAGGACACCAAAUAAGAUUUUUUCCCUCCUCUCUCAAAGUAAGGGGAUUCAGUGGAUUUCACUCUGUAGUCGGCGAUCUUUUCAACACAGAUAUAAUCAUUUCAGGACUCCCGGGGUUUGCGUGUGCAGUCUCUGCGAAGUUUCUCUCCAGUGAAAGGCGUCUUGGCUCCCUCCGCUGCCGGACUGUACAGACCGGAACAUUUGCUUGAUGAAGAAAAACUAAAGUGACAACAUCACAUCAACAUCCUCAUCCUCUUGGACUACAUCUUGAAGACGUUGGUAGGUGGACUACUACCCCCCCACCCCAUCCCCUCCUCCUUCUCUUCCUCCUUCUUUACCCAGUUCUGCUGCGUAAUUUUCUGGAUGUUUUCUCAUUUUUCUCCAGAAAAGGUUUCCUAUUUGUCGGAUAAAAUUCUCAGAGACAAAAACUGGAGGAAAAUAACUUCUAUUUGGUGUAAUAGGUUUACUGUAGCCUCCAUCAGUCCCUCCUGUGAUGCUCUUUUCCCAGGGGCGAUGGGAGUCCUACAGCCUCUGAUGCAAGCCUCUGGUGCGCCCUGGUACAUUUCUCAUCUCUCGCAGCUCUGAUUUUUUUUCUCCCAAUAGGUCACCAGGACAAGAAUAUAUACAUUUACCAUUUGCAGAGGGACGAUCCGGAUUGCCACCCACUUCCGAUUUUCAACUAUUAAUACAGACUGGUAGGUGAUAAUUGCCAUGGAUCGGUAGAAACCGCUCGUUUAGAUGUUAGUGAGAUGAAGUUGGAGGCCUUGUGUCGACGCAAAAUAACCGAGGAGACAGAUUAGGCAACUUUUAACACUGAUCCAUCAUUUAUUUCAUCUUUCUGUAGAAAUAAGUGUGUAGCCUAGUGUAGCUGUUUAUGACGGAAAGGAUGGCGCUGAGUGGAAACUGUAGGACUAACCCUAAAGACCAGUCAUCAGUUCAGAACAGUUUCCCAGAUGUUGUUGAAUUAAACGUGGGGGGGCAGGUUUAUUACACGCGUCACUCCACUCUGGUGGGCACCCCGAAUUCAUUACUUGGCAAGAUAUUUUCUGCCAAAAAAGACGCGUCUAAUGAUUUGGCACGAGAUCCCAAGGGCCGCUAUUUCAUCGACAGAGACGGGUUAUUCCGUUAUGUGUUGGACUACCUCCGGGAUAAACAAGUGGUCCUCCCAGACCACUUCCCGGAGAAAGGGAGACUCAGGAAAGAGGCAGAGUACUUCCAGCUGCCGGACCUGGUCAAGCUCCUGACCCUGAGGAUAUCAAACAAGUCGGAUGACUACUUCCACAGUGACUACGAAGAUGGGUCACAGGGCAGCGACCACCGGCAGUGCCCGCCUCCGUCUCUGGUCCCGGCGGACAGGAAGAGCGGCUUCAUCACGGUGGGGUACCGGGGGUCCUGCACCAUGGGUCGGGAGAGUCAGAGCGACGCCAAGUUUAGGCGCGUACCUAGGAUACUCAUAUGCGGACGGGUGGCCCUGGCCAAAGAAGUUUUCGGGGAGACCCUGAAUGAGAGCCGGGAUCCGGACAGGACUCCGGAUCGGUACACCUCCAGGUUUUACCUCAAGUUCAAGCACCUGGAGAGGGCUUUUGACAUGCUGUCUGAGUGCGGUUUCCAAAUGGUGGCCUGCAACUCCUCAGUCACAGCCUCCUUCGUCAACCAGCACACAGAGGACAAGAUCUGGUCCAGCUACACAGAAUACGUCUUCUACCGUGGUCCAUCUCGUUGGUCAUCCCCACCUUGUGACUGCUGUUGCAAGAACCAUAAGGGUGAUGGAGAGGGUGAAAGCGGCACUUCCUUUAACGACCUCUCCACCUCUAGCUCUGAAAGCCAGUCAGAGGCCAGCUCUCCCCAAGGAACGGUCAUCUGUGGCCCGGUCAGUCGCCAGCAGCACCCCCAUGCCAAUGUCCAAACCUUGGAUAGACCGCUGAAAAAGGGCCCUGUGGCCAUGCUCCAGCAGUCUGAACAGCGGCGGAAAAGCGACCUGCUGCGCACGCUAACGGCAAGCUCCCGCGACACCAGCACGUGCAAGAAGAGGCAGGCGAAGGAGAAGCUCACGGUCGAGGAGGAGCUGGAAAAGUGCAUUCAAGACUUCCGCAAGAUCAAGAUCCCGGAGAGGUUCCCUGAGAGGAAGUACAUGUGGCAGGCCGACCUACUGAGAAAGUACCGCCUCUGAGCCCGGAAACAGAGGCAGCAGAAAUCUGAGGCCAAGGAUCAGUUUACAUGUUUUUUUGAUCAUGACUUUUGCAACAAAAAAGGGAGAUAUCACUAAAUCCAGUUUCUGGGGGAACCUUUAUGCUGUUAGGUUAAACACAGAAGCAAGACAGAGGCAUAAACACCAGACUGCUCUCUUAUUGAUGUACGUAGUAUGUAUGUGUGUAUGUAGUAUAGGCCUUUAUGUACUGUAUGUGUUGUACCUUGCUGAAUGCUUCAGAACUCACGGUGAGCUAAUUUAUCCCUGAGGACCAAUAAAAGUGGGCGAAAGACCUCCGCAAUGAACCGACCAAACCAAUGGAGGCUCACUUAACGGCUACACUGGGGGUAAUUGAGGGUUUACCGGACUGGACGCAAAGUCACCUGUCAUCAUUCGAAUGGAAACCCAUCAAAAGAGUCACAAUUUUAGCUCACAGAGACAAAUACUGAUUUAGUAUGUGUGUAGGUAUGUGUGUGUUUGCACCCAGGUGGCCUAGAGGUCACAGAUAAAUCUGCAUCAGGGUCCAUUAAUAAUUCAUGCUGUCCCGACAGUGCUCUCACUAUAAAUACACUCGGAGCACUCUGCUGCCAGGGUGGCGUAAACAGCUGGGUUGAUUACUUUACUUUUAGCCAACAUUUGGGGAUUUUUGAGGCAGAAGGAGGUAGGACUUUAUCACCACCACAAUUAAUUCCCCCUCUUCAUGUAUCGAGUUAUAUUACAAAAGUACCCUGAGUGAAUCCAACUGCACUGCAUUGAAUUCAUUUUUGCUGUGCUUGCUAAAUGUAAAGCAACGCCUCAGCUGCUGUUUGAAGGAUAGCUGAAAGACUAUGAGGCUGAAUUGAUGGUCAAACUACAGUUUAAUUUUAAAUUUUAAUAGUUUUAGUCAAAAAACAAAAAAAGAUUCAAUAUGUGAUUACAUUUACAGCACUGGCUUUUACCAUUUAUUACAUUAAGAAGUUGAUCAGAACACUCACAAAGCAUUCAUUUACUGGCAAAAACACUCCAAGAUGACAACUCAUGUGGUCAUUUUCACCAUUUUCAGUAUCACAUACCAUAAAGAGAGAGAUAGAAUUGUUCGGUUUGCUCAGCUUGUUGACACAGAUUGAUGCUUUCUGCCUGGACGGCUGACAUGCUAAUCAAUAGUCAUUGAUGAUCGUGUCUAGUAAUAGAGCGGAGAGAUGUGGCUCUUGUUUACGGUUAUAAAUGAAGUCCCUGGGUUACUGACAAAGACAAACUGUUAAUGUAUGUAGUGAAUAUUAGCCAUCAUUUGUGAAUUCAUUUGCAGUAUGUACAUGUGUGCAUGCAUUUACAGAAACGAACACAGCGGGCAGUUAUUUCAGAACGACUCAACUUCUUUAAACUAACAUUUCUCUUAAUGGGAAAUACUUGCUAGAUCAUAUAAUUUACCAUUUACUUUACAACACAAACUGCAUUAUUGAUCACACAAACGACACAAAUACUCUUUGAUGUAGUGAAUCAUAAGAAGUGUAGGUUUAUGAUGGUGAGUGUUUCAUGAUGAUGUGACAUUAUUAUAGUCGAUGUUGUUUAAAGAUGACGGGAGGUAGGAAUGGUUGCACAAGCUUUGUUUUGUGAAGAGAUAUGCUGUAUGUAGAAGAGAGUAUAUUCAUAAAUAUUUAUAAACAGUAAACGUGAAGUUAGAGCAUACUUAAAAAUGGUGUGUUGCACAAAAAACAUGUCACACUUACUGUAAACUUCCAUUUUAUAGUGUCAAAAUGAGAGUUUAGAAAUAUUAAAAUAAUCUAGAACAACAGUAAACCUCUGUGUGUGUAUGUGGAGGGGUAAAGUAAUUGUCUUUGAGUGAAGAAUUUGGGGAUAGAUACCUGACUUAUUAUUAAAUAUUUGACAGCAUCAGAAAAAAAAAUGUAUAUUUGGGAAUAGCAAAUGGGAUAUAUGGAUGGAUUUAAUUAUAAUAUAAAUAUUAAUAGAAGGUCCAAGGAAAUAGAGCAAGGACAAAGGGGGAUCUUCUUAUAUGCUUUUUUAGUUUAUAAAAAUGCAGAGUAUACAAUUGAAUGAAAAGCACAUAAUUAAAUACAAAUAUAAACUUAUUUCAUUUAAAAGCCCCUGAUGUGUUAAUAUAAAUUAAAAAAAAAAAUUAAGAAUAUGCUUUGCUAUAUUUAUUUUUCUAUCCCAAAUCCUUAAAAUUAAUAGAUUUCUAUUGCCCUUAUUUUUUUUUCCACAUAAUAUAUUUCCUGUCAGGGAAGUGGUGUGAUUUAUGUAAAUGACACAAUGAGCAUGAGCAGUCAAAAUGUUUCCACUUCUACUGUACCCAGUGUCUGCAGUGGCUUAUGUUUAACAGUAAUGUGGUUGCAAUAGGUGCUAGAAACAAACCAACCACCCAUCUUCAUCUUGUCAAUACAAUGAGUAUCACUUAUUUUUCUACAUUUUUUUUGAAUAUUACAUUUUCAUUUUAAAGUCAUUUAUCAGUUGAAGGUGAAAAAUGUUCAUCCACAUCACAUAUCAUAUGUAAAUAAACAUCAUAAAUCAUACCUAACCAGAAUUAUGUAUUAUACUCCCUGUAUAUAACAUGCAGAUUCAUGGGGCGUGGCUGCUUCUCUGUUCUUAGUGAUGCAGUAGACUGACGCUAAUGUAAUAUGGACUGUUUUGUUUGAUCAUAUAGAGCGGUGGGCCAUCAGUGAUGAACGGAAAUAUAAUGCAUAGCUAUAACAUAUUAUGUACACACAAUAACAAAUGAAAAGUCUGUCUAUUUUUGAGACAACAGCAUAAUAAAAAAGGAAUGUCAGCACAUUUGUGUGACAGUGCAAGGGCAGUCGCUACAGUUUAAGCAUGCUGGAUUACAAUCAACAGAU